CCUAUCUAAUUUCACAAUGUCCAAGCCGACCAUUCCCCAGAAUGACAACGUCGCCCACGCCCUAGCCGGCGCAGGAGGCGGCCUCUUGUCCAUGGCCCUGACCUAUCCGCUCAUUACCCUCUCCACCCGCGCCCAAGUCGAAUCCAAGCGCGCCGACUCCCGCUUCCUCGACGCCGUGCACAAGAUCGUAGCGCGCGAGGGCAUCUCGGGCCUCUACUCGGGCCUCAACUCGGCCCUCUUCGGCAUCAGCAUCACCAACUUCGUCUACUACUACUGGUACGAGUGGACCCGCGCCUUCUUCGAGAAGGCCGCCGCCCGCGCCGGCCGCGCCGGCCGCAAACUCACCACCGUCGAGUCCAUGAUCGCCGGCGCCCUCGCAGGCAGCGCGACCGUCAUCAUCACCAACCCCAUCUGGGUCGUCAACACCCGCGUCACCACCCAGAAGCGCUCCCUCGCCCCUUCCUCCGAGGAGACCAAGGGCAAGGCCAAGGCCAAGCUCGGCGACGAGGAGGAGGCCGGUUCCGAGGCCAAGACCGACGGCGCCCCUUCCGUUGACAAUCCGAAAAAGGUGAAGCGUGCCGGCACGCUCGGCACCCUCAUGGCGCUGCUCAGGGAGGAAGGACCCCAGGCCCUCUUCGCCGGCGUCGUCCCCGCCCUGGUGCUGGUCAUCAACCCCAUCCUCCAGUACACCCUCUUCGAGCAGAUGAAGAACGCCGUCGAGAAGAAGAGGCGCGUGACCCCCGCCGUGGCCUUCUUCCUCGGCGCCCUGGGCAAACUGUUCGCCACCACCGUCACCUACCCUUACAUCACUGUCAAGAGCCAGAUGCACGUCGCCGGCAAGGACGAGAAGAAGAAGGGCGUCUUCCAGACCAUCCGCCGUGUUGUCGGGGAGGAAGGUUAUCAGGGUCUUUACAAGGGCAUCGGACCCAAGGUCACCCAGAGCGUCUUGACCGCUGCCUUGCUCUUCGCCUUCAAGGACGUCCUCUACGAGCAGACUGUGCGUCUUCGCAUGAAGGCCGCCAAGAAGGCUCUCGCUGCUUAAGCGUGCCCCUUCUAUUUUUACGUGAUCGCGUAUCGCGACCCCGCUCAAGUAGCCUCAGAGCUCGGAAUACUUUAAGACGAGCUGCCUACAGUGCUAAGAAUUCUUGCGAAAGAAUCCCCCCCCAGGGGAAAUACCAGUGGGAAGUCCUUUUUAUGAUGUAUCAAGAUAUUCUUGUCAAAAGGCACCUUACCUUAGGCAAGCGAUGUAGUGGGGGGG